AUGUCCCCCAGACCUCCAUGUCCUGUCGCAUGUCACCUCAGACCUCCAUGUCCUGUCCAAUUCCCUCAGACCCCCAUUCUGUCCAUUGUCCCUCAGACCUCCAAGUCCAUCCACUGUCCCCUCAGACUCCAUGUCCUGUCCUCGUCCUCAGACCUCCAUGCCCUGUCCAUGUCCCUCAGUCCUCCAUGUCCCUGUCCAUGGUCUUUCGGGAACCACAGACAGGAAACCAGUUCAGGACCGGGGGGGGGGGGGGGGGGGGGGGGGGGGGGGGGGGGGGGGGGGGGGGGGGGGGGGGGGGGGGGGGGGGGGGGGGGGGGGGGGGGGGAGUGA